AUGAAUCUCACGAUCACCAAACUUGGGAUGGCAUGGAUGGCAAUCGCCCUUGAGGCCGUAGCAGCCAUACUACUGGCAGCAAACGCAACCGAAGAUCCAAUGGAGAUACAAUCAGAAUUUCAUUCAUCGCGUGCUGGCUCGGACGACAACAUGAUACACUGGGCCCGACUACUGACCAAAUUGAAUUUUGAUCCUCUAAUCAUCGCUAUAUUGAGUGUAAAGGGGAAGAAUAAGUACAGUGAUCGUGUUGAAAAGUUCAGGAAGUUGGCACAGGAGACUGUGUUCAACUUGGACGACCUCAAAAGCGGACAGGACCGUUGUUUCUGGCGUCUUUCCCACGAAUAUCUCGGCACCAUCAAUGAUUUUGAGAAUUCACGCCCUAUGAAGGUACCUCGUAAAGCAUACAUCAAUCACCAGCUUAGUCCUGAAAUCGUCAUCGGAAUGCAUGCUCUAGACAGUAUCGGUUCGGCUUAUAUGCGCUGUGAUGGUGCCGCUUGGUUGGAUGACGCUGGUAUGGAUGCCCAUAUCGGGUCGGCUCUACCAAACGACGUGGUGUAUUUGCAUACAGAUAUUCACACUGGGGAAACUCGAAAUACCAUCCGGUUGUUCUACCCAGAUGAACUCUCAAUGGCUUAG